CUUUCCAAACCAAUGUCUACGUCAACUGUUUUUAUUUUGCUUUCAAUUUUUAUUUUGACAUUGAAGUAUUUACUUCUCGAUUUUGUUGUGCUCACAAGAGAAUAUGGGAUCAAAACACAACAUGUAAAAAUAAUCAGCUGUCUUGGGAGAAUGCACAUGAUAUGCAAAAAGAAAAUUCUUAAAUGGAUAUAAUUUUUGAAAAACUUGUUAAAAGUAAUCUUUUUUUUCAGAGUUAAAAAUUGUAAAGUAAUAAUAAUAACAAGUUAACAAUUAAUUUGGGCAUCUGGAAAUACAGAAAUUUAAUUUCUUCAUAAAUAAACAAAAGAAUUAAGGGCAAUAACCGUGACUCUCUAAAACUUUUAAAUUAACUCGUAUAAUUCCGGUUUCGCAGUAUUACCCAUAUAUUUGAAAUAAAUCGGUACUUCAUCGAAUGGAUUUAAAUAUGUCGAUGCGAAACAGAUACGAUUAAUGUUAAACGGUAGCAACAUGUAGAAAUGAUAAGUUUUCUCUUAAUGCUUUCACCCUUGAACAGUAGCGAACAAGAAUUAGUUCUCUCCGAUAAUUGGAAAGCACUACACGUGGUAGCAAAACAAUAUUAGGGCAAUGGUGGUUGUGUUUCCAAAGAGUCUCAACAGCUAAAACUGCUGAAUGCGAUAUGAAUGCUUGACUUUCUCUGAUAUGAACUCAUUGUGAACAUGGCCCAACUGACAGCAGAGAACAUAUAACCAGUUCUUUGCGUUCUCUGCUGUUAUAAAAAAGCAAAAUUUGAGGCGCUCUCACACGGUAAUAAGUUGGGUAUCCCUUUAUCACUGGCUGACAGUAUGACUAGAAGCUCCCAUGGUGAACAGUCUUUUCGCGGAUUAAACAGUAAAUAUAUAUGUAUAUGAAAAUUACGUCUCUGUUCCUGAACUUGAGGGAGAAAAAGUGAUAUGAAGGCAGAUUUUUACAGAGAUUCAUUGUGCGAAUAAAAUUAGGAAACCUAUAAUAUGUAAAUGUUCAUAACAAAAUAAUUCUACUUAAAACGUUGAAAAAAUAUAGCUAUUGCUGGCAUAUGGCCAAAGAGGUGGCAAAACAAAGAACACAAAUAUCGCACACUUCUCACAAUUUGUAUUCACCAAAUAAACAUAUAACAGAAGAAAACGGCGCCCUUGUAUGCCUGCAUUUACACAUUAAAAUCAAAACAUAAAAAAUGGAGUUGCAUAUGACAGAACAAAGUGAACCUCUGCAUCCUCAAGAUGGAGAACAACAAACAAGGAAAUUUGGUGUGACCCACGGUACUAAGUUAUCACUUAAUGAGGCUUCGGAAGUACUCAAGAAACCACAAUGGAGCGCUUUGUUAGCAUUGGUGGGGUUCGCUACUACUUUCGGGGCUGCCGUUCCUGUGGGUUACUGUAUUGGUGUUAUCAAUGCUCCGGCAUCGCUUAUAAAGGUUUGGUGUAAUGAGACUUUACACCAUCGAUACGGUUCUAAUCUGAGUGCUUCUGGUUUAGAUUUGCUUUGGUCAUCUGUGGUAUCAAUUUUCCUGAUAGGCGGAGCGGUUGGCUCACUUGGAGGAGCUAAAGCAGCCAAUAAAUUUGGCAGAAAAGGUUGUUUUCUAAUAAGCGGUGGACUUUUUACGUUGGGCGCAAUCCUGUUCUUUUUCUGUCGCGCUGCUGGCUCCGUAGAAAUGCUUUUACUUGGUCGUUUGAUAGUCGGUCUCGCAUCUGGCUUGACCACAGCCAUACUACCAAUGUACCUUACAGAGAUUGCACCACUAGCCUUACGCGGAACCUUUGGUGUUUUAUGUUCCAUGGGUGUUACUGGUGGUGUUGUGGUUGGACAAGUCUUUAGUUUGCGCCACAUUUUCGGCACCGAGGAGCUCUGGCAUUAUGCUCUAAGCUUUUACAUAAUUUUAGUGGCUGUAUGCUACUUGCCUGCUUACUAUUAUCCAGAGAGCCCAAAAUUCCUUUACAUAGUGCGUAACGAUCAUGAGCUGGCUCGCUCUGAACUUCGUCGCUUAUGCAAAGGACCCAAUGCGGCCCUCGUAAUAAAGCAUGAAAUUGAUGAGAUGGAUGCAGAAAUGAAUACUAAAGUACAAACGAGCUGUUUCUUUUCGGUGCUAAAAGAUCCAACAUUAUUGUUGCCAUUGAUCAUCGUUUGCUCGUUUCACGGUGGUCAACAAUUGUCUGGAAUUAAUGCUAUAUUCUAUUAUUCUGUAUCAAUAUUUGAGAAAGCCGGCCUUUCCACAGCUGAUGCGGAAUGGGCGAAUUUAGGCGCUGGUUGUCUAAAUUUGUUUGUGGCCUUUUUGGGACCUAUGCUGAUGUCAAAGCUAAAUCGUCGCCCAGUGAUGAUAUUUUCCAGCGGAAUUUGUUCUCUCUUCCUCUUCGCUAUCGCUUUUGUUUUAUAUUACAUAGACACUACAAGUUGGUUUCCCAUACUCUGUAUUGUGUGUAUUAUGGGAUACAUCUUCUUUUAUCAAAUAGGCUUGGGACCUAUACCAUACUUCAUUGGCUCAGAGCUCUUCGAAGUCGCACCUCGCUCGGUGGCCAUGUCAAUGGGCAGCUUAUCAUCUUGGACGUGCAAUUUUACUGUCGGCAUGGCCUUUCCAUCGUUACAGAACGCCUGGGGCGCUUUUGUAUUCCUGCCAUUCUCAGCAACAUGUCUACUGCUCUUCCUGCUAACGAAAGUCUAUUUACCAGAAACACGUGGACGGGAUCCGUCUGAAGUUGCGCCGAUGGUCGCUAAGGGUUUUCGCUCAAAGGUGAAAUAAGCCAUGAAUACUGUUGGCGUGUUCAUAGUGAUAAAUGAACUGAUGAAUGCAUCUUGAUGUUUAAACUAGAUUAGUAGGAAAAUUUUUUUGGGUAUAGAUUCAUGUAAUAUAUAUGUACAUAUGUAUAUAAUGGCGCACAAUGCUUUUUUAUGCAAAAGGUGUUAUGAUUUAAUAAACUAUAAUUAUUUAAAAUGUUAGAAA